GCCAAUGCGGAUCCACGACGCGCCGCGGCAGAAGGCGAUUUUAAAAUCGGAACCUUCCCGUUUGGUGGGGCGAACGUUACCUGUCACCUGGAGAGGAGAGUCGCGAGCGAUGGCGCUGUCCCAGUGUCUGGACGAGUCCCCCUUCAGUUCCAAACCAGGCGAGGACGCGUACAACGAGAGACACCGGCUGGCGCUGGAGGAGCUGCUGUCCGGGGGAGUGGAGAAGUUCCUCCGCUUCCUCCAGACGGAGAAAGUCCCAAACUUUCUGUCAGACGAUGAGAUUCAACUCAUCCGGAGCUCGGCUCUGUCCCCGCCACGGUGCGCGUCUUUCCAUGGCGACGAGCAGGAGAUGGGCGGCUCCGUGGACUGCUCUUCCGUCACUUACUUUCCCGAGGUGUCCGACGUGGAGCCCCCGAUGCUGGAGAACGGCUGGCCGGCCUUCACCACCGGGUCGUACAGGGGAGUGACGAGGGCCGUGGCGCACUUCCAGCCCAGCUACGGAGAGAGCGUCUACAGCUGCAAAGAGGCUGCCCGCCGAAUGAUCAAAAAUGCCAAGGAGGUGAUUGCCAUAGUUACAGACUCCCUGACAGACCUGGAUGUCUUCAAAGAUCUUCAGGAGGCGUGCUCUGUCCGAAAAGUCCCUGUUUACAUCCUGCUGGACCAACUGGCUUCUGGAGCGUUUCUCAAGAUGUGCAAAACCGUUGGCGUUUGCCUGGAUGACCUUCGGCAAAUGAGAGUGCGGACCAUCACGGGUUCAACUUAUUACAUGAGAUCAGGAGCCCGGAUCACGGGGGAAGUUCAUGAGAGGUUCAUGCUGAUCGACGGGAUCCGAGUGGCCACAGGUUCUUACAGGUUCAACUGGACCGAUGGCAAACUGAACAGCAGCAAUCUCAUCGAACUUUCCGGUCAAAUUGCUGAGAAGUUUGACGAGCAGUUUCGCAUCCUCUAUGCUCACUCUUUGCCGUUGAACACUGGAGGAAGUGUUCGAAACAUCGGCGAGCAGCUUCAUCGGAGCACUUCCACGCCCUGCCGGGUCAGAGGGAGGCCAGCAGACCAAGUGUGUCUGACCAGCACACCCACCGGUAAACAAAGGUUGCUGUCCCGGCCCUUCGGUGACCUCUUGACCUCCUCAGAGAAAGGUCAGAGAGCCAGUGUUGAAUCGAACCAGUCAACCAUAGGGGAUGACUGGUGUGAAGAGAAGCGUGUGCGGGAGGAGAUCCUGGCAGGAAGUGCCCAUCUAGGUCUCCCCCAAGUCCAAGAGCCAGAAUCAAAUCUCCCCAUCUCCGAGCCCUGCCACAUGAGCACCCAGGCCAGCCUGUCAGUGGCAGACAGCCACACACAGACCGAUCUGCAGCUCCCACACGCCACCCAGUCUGUCGCCUGUGACGCACAUGAGAGCUCCCUGACGGAAUCCAUCCAGAACCUGUCCAAAGAGCGGCACCAGCACUACGCAAACAUCCGCUCCAAGGUGGAACACAUGAUGAGCUCCGUGUCCCGCCGGCGAGGGCUUGCAGACAUCACCAACAUGACUCAGGGGUCUGGUGCUCUCAGGGCAGACAAAGACUGUGGACAGGAGCCAAACCCUCGACUGGUCACUGAGAAUAUGGGUGCGGGCACGUGGCCAGGAGCCAGAUGUGUGGACUAGUCUCUCCCUUUGAAUCUUAAGUGCGUCUGCACAGAUUCCUUAAGGGCUUUGAGCAAGCAUUAUUCAAUCUUUUUGGGCUGCAAAGGGAGAUUUUCUCAUUUUUGCCGGGGACUGUGUCAUGUCAGAUGGGCCGCCUAAGUCGUAUCGAUAAUGAAUCUGCUUCUGUAAACUUCAUGGAGUGUCUGGGACUGCUGCUUAGUUUAUUUGAAUUUAAUCUGCCGGCUCUAAGUGCCUUGAAAUCUACUGAAG